UCGACCAACCAAAUCAUCCUCUCCACAAGGCUACAAUCAAAUCAAUUCGAUCAAAUUGAAAAAAUUAAAAAUGGAUCAAUUACAAUCACAAUCACAAUCACAAAUCUAUCAAAUAAUCACUAAACUAAUAAACGGAAAAUCACAAACCCUAAAUUUCAAAACCCCAAUUAUCCCAAUUUCCCAAAUCAAAUCCCAAAUCCAAACCCUAACCUCAAUCCCAAUUCACCACCAGCUCUUAAUCUCAAACGGCAAGACUCUCCAAGACGACGUCGUUCUACACCAUGAAACAAAUUCACCAACUUUACAUCUUCUGCUGCGUCUGCGCGGCGGAAAAGGCGGGUUCGGGUCGUUGCUCCGUGGGGCGGCGACGAAAGCCGGGCAAAAGAAGACGAAUAACUUCGACGCGUGUCGUGAUAUGAGUGGACGGAGGUUGAGGCACGUGAAUGCUGAAAAGAAGAUGGAAGAAUGGUUGGCUGAAGAGACAGAAAGGAAGCUUGAGAAAGUUGCAGAGGAUUUCAUUAAGAAGCAGAGUAAACUCGCGAAAAAGGCGGGUGGCGGGAACGGCGAUGGGGCAGAGAAGUAUGUUGAAAAGUAUAGGAACGAUUCGAGGAAAUGUAUGGAGGACGUUGAGAAGUCGGUCAGGGAAUCAUUGUCGAGCGGGUUUUUGAAGUCGAAAAGGAAGGUGGAGGAGGGUAAUGGGAGUGUGUCUAAAUCGAAGAAACUUAAAAUUUGGAUGGGAAAGAGAAAAGUUGAUGACAGUGACAGUGAUGACAUGGGUGAGGAAGAUAGUGAUGAUGAAGAGAUGGCUGAUGAACUUGAUCAAUCUGGUGUAACAAACAAUGAAAACCGAUCUGAUUCCCAUAAGGAUGCGGAUGGAAGUCUAGCAUCUGUCAAUGGCGGGAAAGUUGAAGGAGAAUCUUCAGUUGGUUGUUCAUCUGAGAGUGCAUCGGAAGAAGAGAAGGAGAAUGUUGCAGAAGAACGUUUGGGAUCUGUUGAAGAGUCAAAAGAUGAAGUUUCUCUUCAUGAAGAAGCUGAUGCACCAGUGGUACAUGAAGAGAGCAUAAUGAACAACUUAAAUGAUUCUGUUUCUCUCGAAAUGGAGAAAUUCACCAAGCCCGAGUUCAAUGACUCGGAGCAAAAACAGUGUAAACUUACAAGCAUAUCAGAUGGGCAAGAGGCUGGAACUAAUGAUGUAGAAGUUGAAAAUUCUGAUUCUAAAAUAGUUGACGAAGAGAAACUGUCUACAAGGAGUGAUUGUCCUGAACCGGAAAAGCCAUUAAAUUUUGAUGAGUUCAACUCAGCAGCUGAGAUAGAGGUUCUUGGAAUGGAAAGGCUAAAAUCUGAGCUUCAGGAAAGGGGAUUAAAGUGUGGGGGAACUUUGCAAGAACGUGCAGCCAGACUUUUUCUUCUGAAAACCACCCCACUAGAGAUGCUACCAAAAAAGCUGCUUGCUAAGAAGUGAUUCAAGAAUGCUUGACUUGGUUUUGUAUUGUAUUUUGGAAGGUUCCUUUGCGCUGUUUCGUCUAUAGAUCUUAUGUAUCAACUUCCUUAAUAUUCAUAAUUAGGUAAAAGACAUGUCUACUUCUCUAUAAAUGUGUAUAACAAUGUCAGUAUCAGUGGUACAUGUGUAUAUCAUAACUGAUCGGGUGUUUUGAUUUUUGAAUGUUUGAUAUUGAUUUCUC